UGUUCUUGCGCCAACGAUAUGGCAACGCUGGUCACCGCGCGGGGCUGCGCUGCUCUGCUGCACAAAACGAAAACAAAUAUUUUUUGUUUUGUUCUUCGCCUGCGAUUUACGCAAAUUUGUGUCUAAAAAUAGAACUAGAUGCCGCAAAACAUUCAAAAGUAGAAACUUCGAAAUCAUUUUUUUGAGGUGCAGGUGUGCGCUCAUUUUUAGUCGUACGUGACGGGCCCCCGGCCAAGCAACAGCAGCAGAAGACUCUGGUCCCAGGUGUCCCAUCCCCAUCCCAGUCGUCAUGGAUGGGAAGUCCGUCAAACGAGGACAGCGCAUCCUCACAGAGAAGCCUUUUGCGUUUGUGCUCAAGUCGCAGUAUCGCCUGGAGCGCUGCGAUAACUGCCUGGAGGCGACCAAGGUGCGAAAGUGUUCGAACUGCCGAUAUGUGUCUUACUGUAACCGAUCCUGCCAGACCCAAGCCUGGGCACAGCACAAGCACGAGUGCCCAUUCCUUAAAAGCAUCCAUCCACGGAUUGUGCCGGAUGCCGCCCGCAUGCUGUGUCGCCUCAUACUGCGCCUCCAGCAUGGCGGCGAUCUAAUCCGUGGCUAUUAUACUGAGCAUGGAUCCCGCAAGUUCCGUGACCUCAUGUCCCAUUAUGCUGAAAUCAAGAAUGACCCAAAGCGGCUGGAGCACUUGGACUCGUUGCAUGCCGUGCUCACGGAUAUGAUGGCCGAUAGCCCAAGCACAGUGCCAAACAAGUCGGAACUAAUGAGCAUCUAUGGUCGUCUAAUCACAAACGGUUUUAAUGUUUUGGAUGCUGAGAUGAACUCCAUUGCCACUGCCAUUUAUUUGGGUGUCUCGAUCACCGACCACAGCUGCCAGCCGAAUGCGGUGGCCACCUUUGAGGGGAACGAGCUGCACAUACACGCCCUGGAGGAUAUGCCCUGCCUGGACUGGUCGAAGAUUUUCAUCAGUUACAUCGAUCUGUUGAACACGCCCGAACAGCGGCGACAGGACCUCAAGGACCACUACUACUUCCUGUGCGUUUGCAGCAAGUGUCGCGAUCCAAAGGAGGCGCGCCAAAUGACAGCCGCCGCCUGUCCCAAUCGGAAAUGCAGCGCCAGCAUCAACAUCGAGUGGAACAACUGCAAGCGCUGUUCGGUGGGCAUCAGUCCCAAGCUGAGAAAUGCCUACAAUGAGAUCAUGGCCCUGACCAAGCACAAUCUGGAGGCCAUGAAGGAUGUGGCCUGUAAAUAUCUGGACGUAUGCAAGGUAUGCCUGGACAAACAGGCGGGCCUCAUGCAUCCUCUGAACGUGUGGCAUGUCAAGACAUUGGAUGCUGCCUUUGAGGCGGCCAUCGAGGUGGGAAAAUGGGAGGAAGCCCUCGACUACGGCCAGCAGCUGUUACCGGGCUUCCAGAUGUACCAUGGCCAGUGGAAUCCGCUGGUGGGCCUGCUACACAUGAAGCUUGGCAAGAUACAGCUCUUCGAGCGCCACCACAAGGAGGCCAGUCAUCAUCUGGAGGAGGCCCAGCGCAUAUUGUCCGUCACACAUGGCCGGGACCAUAGACUGCUGGUUGAGCAGCUGUAUCCGCUUAUAUUUCAGGCCCGCCAAGAGGCCAACUGAUGGAUAGACCUUUUGGCAUUGUUUUUUUAUUAAGAAUUAAAGCAUAAUCUAAAUAACA